AUGGACGACGACCCGGUAGUGCGCGAGAUCCCCGUGCAUCUGGCCGAUGAGCUGCGUCAAAACCUCUACAUGGUGCAGUUCCCACUGCGACCGACCUAUCGCCCGAUGCCGGAGCCGCCGCGUCGCGCGCGUAUUAAGCCGAAUAACCAGCUGAUGCAGCUUGACUUUCCCGUAGAUCAGCGCAGCGAACAUUUCGACCAGGACGCGGAGGAUUAUCUUAAGCAGAAGCAUCUGAGACUUCAGUCGUCCAGUGUGCCGGCACUCUCGAAUUACGUUGUGGGCGUGUUCCGCCAGGGCCAACUGCACCUCACUCCUCUCUCGGCUGUCAUGCAAAUGCGUCCCAGCUUAUCACAUAUCGAUGAUGCUGCUAACGAAGAGGAAGAAGACAUGGAAGUGGAGGAGAAAGUGGAGCCGCCGCCCGCCGAGAUGAAGGAAGUGCAGUUCCAGUUCAAGAAGAAACAGUCGGAGCGCGCCAUCUCGGCCAUUCAGAACUCGUUUGCGUACAAGAAACAGCAGAUUGACGCCGAGAAGUGGAUUGAGCUUCAAGUGCAGGAUAAGAGCAGCGCUGGAGCGGAUGAUGAGUUUGAGAACUUGUUUAGCGAGAAGGAAGAGGAGGUGGUGUCGACCAUGACAGCCGAUGAAUAUAUCAAGGCCAUGCAGUACCGUGCAAUGGCGUCUGUGGAUAAACCCGCAGCUCCGUCCAACCCAGCACAGACUAACGUGGAAGAUGAGGAGGAGAAGGAUGAGACGAUGGAGCCUGUUACUGGACGUCUUCUUGAUGGCGUUGACGCCAAGUAUGCGGAUGUGCUACGACUGCUCGCCACUGACCAAAUCAUGCACUUCGACACAUUGGCUAAGCUUCUUCCGACUCGUAGUGAGGAAGAACUAUUGGACGCGCUCAAGCACAUCGCUGUACAUGUUAGAGGGCGCCUGCUACCCUCCAGUGCCUUGGUGUGCCGUGGAGAGACGACGGUGCGCGCUCGCAAUGAAAUUAUCAAAGCAUUGUCGAAGACGACCACUGGUGUAUCGCGAAUGGAACUUGUGGAAGAUUUCUCUCUGGAUGCUGACGUCGCCAAAACAAUCCUGAGUGAGUUUGCUGUUCUGGAGUCGACAACGCGCAAGUGGAGCUUCCGCCUGGGCCCCGACAACUCGUUCACAAAGCGGUUCCCCGCCGUCGCAAAGGCGAUCAAACUUUAG